CUCUUUUCACCAUCUUCACUUCACAAAAUCACUCCUCAAAAUCUCUUAUUUUCUUUCAUUUCUCUUUUCUUUCUCAUUUGCUUAUUAGCUAUGGUUUUCAAUAGAGAUAUUGCCCGUUUUGCUGUUGGUGUUAUUGGGAAUGUCAUUGCACUCAUCUUGUUCUUGUCACCCUUGCCAACUUUUAUACGUAUAUGGAAAAACAAGUCAGUGGAGCAAUUUUCUCCUAUACCGUACCUUGCCACAUUUGUCAACUGUGGGCUUUGGGUGUUGUACGGUGUCCCUUGGGUACAACCAAACAGCAUCUUAGUUGUGACAAUUAAUGGCACUGGACUUGGCAUUGAGAUCGUGUACUUAACGCUGUUUUUCUUGUACUCUGAUCGUAAGCUAAGGACAAAAGUUUUUCUUGUCAUUCUUGGUGAAAUUAUCUUUGUUGCUACACUUGCAAUUUGUGUUCUAAGUUUUGUCCAUGGAAACAAGAAAAGAGCUGCUAUUGUUGGUAGCAUUUGCAUGGUUGGCAACAUUUUGAUGUAUGCUUCCCCUUUGGCUGUCAUGAAAUUGGUGAUCAAGACCAAAAGUGUGGAGUACAUGCCUUUCUUCCUUUCACUUUUCUCUUUUCUCAAUGGUGUUAGUUGGACUGCUUAUGCUUUUAUCCGUUUCGACGCCUACAUUCUUGCACCAAAUUCAAUGGGAACUGUUCUUGGGCUGGCCCAAUUGCUACUUUAUGCUACAUAUUACAAGUCCACUAAGAGACAAAUAGCAGAAAGAGAGACCAAAGGAGAGUUAGUCAUGGCUGAAAAAUCUGUCACUGGGGUGGCCCAAAAGCCUAGAAAUGAUUCUAGAGUUUAAUUUUGUGGUUUUCUUAAAGCCCAUUUAGCUUUAGUAAUUGGUCUAUUUAGCCCAACUUCUUUUGGGCCUUUUGUUUUUCA